AUGGGAUCCUCUAAGGUGGCCCUGCUGCUGGUCUUGCUGUCCUGUGUAGAGCGCUGUCUGUCUGCCUCCUGUGUCGUUGACAGCUUCACAGUCAAAGGGGACUUUGACCCCAAGAGGUAUGCAGGGAAGUGGUACGCACUGCAGAAAAAAGACCCAGAGGGCCUGUUCCUGCAGGACAACAUCUCCGCUGAGUACACCAUUGAUGAUGACGGCUCCAUGACUGCCUCCUCCAAGGGCCGUGUCACUCUGUUUGGCUUCUGGGUUGUGUGUGCUGACAUGGCUGCCCAGUACUCUGUCCCCGACCAGGCCAACCCCGGCAAGAUGUUCAUGAACUACCAGGGACUUGCCAGCUACCUGUCCAGUGGAGGUGACAACUACUGGGUCAUCGACACCGACUACGACAACUACGCACUCACCUAUGCCUGCCGCACCCUGAAGGAAGAUGGCAGCUGCGAUGACGGCUACGCCAUUGUCUUCUCCAGGAACCCCCGUGGCCUGCCCCCCGCCAUCCAGCGCAUCAUUCGUCAGAAACAGGAGCACAUCUGCAUGGCCGGAGAGUUUCAGCCUGUCCUGCAGUCUGGAGCCUGCUAA